ACUGAAUUCGGCCUGACGGACAAUGUUACUCAGUCUUUUGUGGAAGCCUAUCAUCAGGACCAGUUUAUGUCUGAGAUCAUACGCAGACUGGUGGCGAAGGAUAAAAAGACCUCCGCCGAGUUUGAGUUGGUCAAUGGAUUGCUGUUCCUAGAGAAGGCAGGGAAUAAACGCUUGUGUGUUCCAAAUAGCGAGUCUUUGCGUAGUUUGUUUUUAGGUGAGUGUCAUGAUGCCACCGGUCAUUUUGGGUAUAAGAAGACCGCAGCCAACUUGCUGCAGCGAUUCUGGUGGCCCACGAUGAUGCAAGAUGCACAGCUGUAUGUGGAGACUUGUCAAGUUUGUCAACGGGACAAGCCCCGUACUCAAGCUCCUCUCGGGCUGCUUAAGCCCCUUCCGAUUCCGGAAAGGCCAGGUGAAAGCUUGUCCAUGGACUUCAUGGAUACGCUGAUCACCAGCAUGAGUGGAAUGAGGCAGAUCUUCGUCAUCGUGGAUAGAUUUAGUAAGUAUGCUAGAUUAAUAGCCAUGUCGGAAACAGCAARGACCGAGUACGUAAUCAAACUGUUCAAGGAGAACUGGGUCAGAGACUUUGGACUACCAAAGUCUAUUGUUAGUGACAGAGACGUACGGUUCACUAGUGAACUGUGGAAAGCCGCUGCAUCUGAACAGGGAACUCAACUGCAGAUGACUUCUGGAAGCCAUCCAGAAGCUAAUGGCCAGGCGGAGCAGAUGAACCGCACYGUGCAGCACCUGUUGAGGCACUACAUCAAGCCUAACCAGGUGGACUGGGACGAAAAGCUUGCUUUAGUUGCCAGUCUGUAUAACAAUGUUGUACAUAGUGCUACGGGGGUGAGUCCUAACAGUCUGCAACUAACGUUUAAGCCUAGACUGCCCUUAGACUUUCUACUACCUGACAAUCAGCCAGACACUGCAACCGGCACUCUAGAGUUUGCCUAUCGUUAUGAACAGAAGAUGCAGGAGGCUGUAGAACACAUGCAGAAGGCACAGUCUGCAAUGAUUGAGUCCGAAAAUAAACAUCGCCGCCCUUCUGCAUUUCAGGUUGGGGACAGAGUCUGGGUCAAGUCCUCUGAACUUGGACAAGAGUUGGGGAUAUCUCGCAAACUCAUGCCUCAGUACUUUGGGCCUUGGGAGGUCUUGGACAUAGUUGGGACAGAUCCAGAUGGGCCAUCCUAUGUCAUCCGUAUCCCUGGUCACCUGCGCACCUACCCUGUAUUUCACGCCUCCAAGCUCGCUGCUUUUAAGCAGACCGACCAGUUUCCUACUCGCCGUUCUAUGUUGCCCCCAACCAUGGAUGGAGAAGUCGACAUCGAUGAUAUCGUCGAUCACAGAGAGAUACCCGUUCAGAAGCCUCCAGGAAGAGGACGUCCUCCCAAGCCAAAGCUGCAGUUCYGUGUUCACUUCAGACAUCAUACAGAUCCGAAGGAGGACCGCUGGUUUACUCGGGAAGAAUUGAUGCAGACCGCCCCUCAGAUCGUUGCCCGCUAUGAGAGGGAUGUUUWGAAAGGAAAGCGCCAGCUGGCGGCAGACUGAUCUUCUCAGAGGACUAACGAAGAUAUGGAGGAGGGAAUGYGAGGCUAUGCCCGCUUWGCCCUACGGGCCUUAUUUGCAACAAGGUCGGCCGCCCUAAGUGAAGGCAGGCACGACAGGCCCUCAGGGCCUCNGACAGGCCCUCAGGGCCUCGUUUUCAGGGUACCCCCGCAAAAAGGGGAAAUUCAGGCAGUUGCACAGCAUUAGUUGGUUGAAUGAACUCAGGCCCUGGGCCGCCCGUGUGAAUGAAUGUAAAGCAGGCCC